AUGGGAAACUUUUGUGCUUGUUGUGCUUGGAAGUCUCAUGACAAACCAAUGGGUGAAACAAAUGUCAUCAAUUAUGGAUCUGCCGUUCCUAAUCAUGUUGGCCAUGUAGGAAAAUCACAAUCAGGUUGCCACUCAGAAUGUGCCAAGGAUGGUUUAUCUGGUUAUCGUUCUUUAUCAAAUGAUCCUCCACAUUUAAAUAAUUCUUAUCCUUAUCAUCGUUCAGAUAGUCGCAUUUCUAGAGCAGGGCACAAUGGUCCAGCUCCUCUGGGAGAUAUGCAAGGGGUGAGAGACUUUUCUUAUCGAACACAAGGGGACUUUGGUAUGAGCGUCGAACCUUCAGACUUCAUGCUUUCCUCAGUCUACACACAAUCAAGCACUUCAAACUUGCAGCAUAUCUCAGAGAGAGAACCAGAUGAUACUGAGGCUGAUCCAUCUUUAAAUCCAACUAAAAGAACAUUAUUUAUGCAACGUUCAAGUAAAGACAUUGAAAGAAAACUUCGUGAAAUUCGAACUAAAUAUGAUCGUAAUGUUCCACGAACUCGUCAAAAUACCAUUCCUGUACUUUAUCGUUCCAGUUCUACAUCAACUAUAUGGCUGCAUGAUUCAACUGUAACUAGACCAGAUCCUAAAUCCACUGUUCGCGCAUUAGCUCAGGCAAUUUAUUUACAGAUUAAGCAUAGAAAUCAUAAAAUUGCUUGUGAUCCUAUGAUUGAAAUAUUCGAUGAAUCUUUACAUCCUAUACAGAAUGAGCCAGUUCCUUUCGAUUAUGCUACACGUGAUCCAGAUUUGAAAACAGUAUAUCGGUUCAUUCGUAAUUUAUUCCAAAUGGCCCAGCUUUCUCCAGAAUGUGCAAUUGUUACUAUGGUUUACUUGGAACGUCUUUUGACUAGUGCUGAGACAGAAUUGACACCAAGUUCUUGGAAAAGAAUAGUUUUAUGCGCUAUAGUACUGGCUAGUAAAGUAUGGGAUGACCAAGCUGUUUGGAAUGUAGAUUAUUGUCAAAUUUUAAAAGAUAUGCAAGUUGAUGAUGUAAAUGAAUUAGAAAGACGAUUUUUGGAAAUAAUUCAAUUCAAUAUUAAUGUACCUAGUUCAGUUUAUGCGAAAUAUUAUUUUGAUAUUAGAUCAUUAUGUGGACCUAGUUAUCAGCCAACGUUAUUAUCUACCGAUCGUGCCUAUAAACUUGAGGCAUUUUCACGAGUAAUGGACGAUCAAUUUCAUGAUCUUGUUCAAAAAUGUCUUACCAAGAAAAAAUGGGGUAGUUUGGAUAGCUUAACAUCUUCACCUUCAUUUCGACGUGCCAUUAUAUCUUGAAAUAGCUGUAUCAACCGGAUUUGUUUUUCUUUACAUUCUGCACUAACGUGACAAUUUAAUUAUUGGCUGGUUUUAUUUACCAUUUUCGGACCUCCUAAUAUCCGUCCUACAUUAAUAUUCCAUCGUUUUAUUCUAUUAAGAACAUCAUUAUUGACUAAUUUUUAAAAAUACAUGCACACCAAACUCUCCAGUGUCUCAUAUACAUACAUUUUGUAAUCUAAUUGAUCUCAAUUUACUUCUUCAACUGACAGACAAACGAAUUGCAUUUGUGUAUAGUAAUUCACACGUACAAAUCAUUUGUUGAAUUACAAAGAAUUUCUGCUUCACAAGGAACAUUAAUACAAAUUAUUAGUGUUCAGUAUAUAUACAUAGUAUGCAUGCUUUUAAUAACAAUGUAAUAUUUGCCCAUUUCUAUUCCAUUUAUUGUUCUUAC